AUGUCCUUCGAAGAUUUCGCUGCCACAUGCACACGUACAUUCAGUCAAACACCUAUACGUCUUGUUCGUAUGUCGACAUCAUUGACUGCUUAUGGUGGUUCACUUGAUCAACCCUAUCGUCAUCUUGUUCUUUUAUGUCAACCACAUUUUACCUCGAAAACAAUAUCGAUCGCAUUUUAUUUGAAUGGCACGGCUUAUUUUGAAUAUUUAAAUGAAAAAACUAUUCGACAACGUUUACGAUUACUGAAUAAUGCACGUGAAACGUCUUUUCACCUCGAUGAUCUCGAGGCCAUUAUAACACGUUUGAAAACGAUGUUAACCAUGGAUGGAGCGAAACAAGAUCAGAACGAGUUGCACGCGAAACUUUUAUCAGCAAGUCAAUUAUCUGUAGAAAUCAAUCAGAAUAAUCUCAAAUUCAAAUUUCGCUGUGAUGAAAGACCUGAGUUAUACGAACAACACUAUGUUCGACAAUUGUUAAUUCAAGUUAAAGAAUUAUCAGAGCGACAAGCCUAUCUAUGCGAUUUACUAGAACAUAAAGAUCAACUGCCACAAUUCAAUGCACAUCUUUUUCUUAGUACACCAAUGACACUUGUUGAUGAUCAAGAAGAGGACGAUGAAGAAGAAGAAAUCUUGUCUUCGUCAACAACAGGUCGAUUAUGGAAAUCUGCUUUCGGUUUUCGUGGUGACGCUCAAUUUCUCGAUGUUUGUCUGUUAAAGAAAGCUUAUAUGAAAGCUUUAGAGGAAAUGAGCGAUGAAGAAGAUGAGAAUGAAACUGUUUCAUCUGUCCUCGAUACAAUUGUUAAUCGCAUCGAAGAACAGACUAACGAAGACGAAGAUGAGGACGAUCUCGGCUUAGCACAACGACUUGGAAAACGAGCACUUACGACGUCUAUAAUGAGUUUACAAAGUGAUUGUCCCAAAACGAAACGCUUACGAAGCAAUGCAAAUAUUUCUGUUUAA